CGCCUGCGGGACGCUGAUUGGUCCGCGUCAUCUGGCGUCACCAGAGGGUUUUUAAUGCUCAACCUGACCAGCAGCGCUGCAAAGUCCGCUGUGGCUGAAACGCGGCGUGCUGGUGUGUCGAGUCGUUGGAGCCGGCGGCGAGCGCGGCUAAUCGAAGAUAACCCAGUUUGUGCUACCUGCCAUUUCAAGGCCUCCUCCUCCUGGCCUCUGCUGGAACUCCAGGCCUUCUCCUCAGGUCCACCCUGCACCCUUAGCUCACCAUGGGGAAUCACUUGACUGACAUGGCACCCACAGCCUCAUCCUUUUUGCCCCACUUCCAGGCCCUGCACGUUGUGGUCAUUGGGCUGGACUCGGCAGGGAAAACUUCCCUUCUCUACCGCCUCAAGUUCAAGGAGUUUGUCCAGAGUGUCCCCACCAAGGGCUUCAACACUGAGAAGAUCCGAGUGCCCUUGGGGGGGUCCCGUGGAGUUACUUUCCAAGUGUGGGAUGUUGGGGGUCAGGAGAAGCUGCGGCCACUAUGGCGCUCCUACACCCGCCGGACAGAUGGACUGGUGUUUGUGGUGGACUCAGCAGAGACUGAAAGGUUAGAGGAGGCCAAGGUGGAGCUGCACCGAAUCAGCAAAGCCUCCGACAAACAGGGGGUGCCGGUGCUGGUGCUGGCCAACAAGCAGGACCAACCGGGGGCACUGAGUGCGGCUGAGGUGGAGAAGAGGUUGGCGGUCCGGGAGCUGGCAGCCGCCACGCUCACCCACGUGCAGGGCUGCAGCGCCGUGGACGGGCUGGGCCUGCAGCCAGGACUCGAGCGCCUGUACGAGAUGAUUCUGAAGAGGAAGAAGGCACCUCGGGCAAGCAAGAAGAGACGGUGACCCGAGGCUGCCCCUACCCCACCUACUAGGGGUCAGUGCAUAAAUGAUAGGCAGGCAGGGCCAGUGCCCUCCCAGCCAGCGUGGGUGCCGGACCUGGCCACCUCAAGGGACUGAAGGAGCAUGGGGGAGGUCCUGUUUCGGUGCCACGUGGGGGAGGGGAGAUGAAGCGUCUUCUCUGCCCUUCACCUCUUAGAGGGUAGGGGCUGGAAGACCGGAAACGGAAAUGUAUAUGCUGACUCUACCUCGACCCUGGUUCUCUCCGAGUCCUUCCCUAGCCGUUUAUUUGGAUGUGUAUUUUUGUUUUUGCAGGGGGAGGGUGUGCAGACAGUUGCCCAGAGAAUGCAUUCGGGAUGAAUGGAGAACGUGUUCCCUCUCCCCACAGUUGGGGGCGGGGGCUCCUCAGCUGCUCUUCUGGGCACAAUCAUUGUGUCUGUGAAAGAGCCACGAGUCCUCCCCACGUUUGUAGAGUCCCCAAACCCGUUUUUAUAAGCUUUGCGUGUCCUCCGUAUUACUUUUUUUUUUUUUGUAAGCAUUUGCCUGUAAGUUAUUAAAGUUGGAUGAUUCUGG